GCUGAUUCCGCUGUGGAGUGUCCGUGUUUCCGCCGGCCCGUGAACGCGCCGCAGACUGUUGUCGUCGCUUCUAGAGAUGCUAGCGUGACCACACCGAGGACAAGUGACGCCAAAACUCCAUCUAACUCUUAUUUUAUUUGCAUAUUUUCGGCCAAACGAAAAUGUUGGCCUGUAUCCUGCAGUAUUUCUACACGUCCUUUUUUAGAUACUGGCUGAAGUGGCUCCUUAGACACGCGACUGGAAAAUGUGAACUCCAGAGAAUAUGCUCCGGGUACGAAGCAGGGGCAACGAGAACAACAAAAGCAGAGUAUUCCCUACAGUCCUCAAAGAACAAGGUCCUAAGAAAUGCUUUGACAGCCUCCAGAGAUGACUUGACCCAAUGUGUGGAUCAAAUAAUGCAAGAAAAGAACAUCAAACCACAGAAGGAUCCCUUGUUCAAGGAAAGCCUCCACAGUUGUUUGUUGCAGAUAACAGGAUACAGCCAACUGUACGUAGGCGUGGAAGAGUUGAGGAAGGAGGUUUUCAGCUCUGAUAACCCGGAUCACGAGUCCAUGCUGCUUAAGCUGUGGGACCUGCUGAUGCCUUCGGUCAAACUGGAGUCGCGGAUCACAAAACAGUGGGGAGACAUUGGUUUCCAGGGAGACGACCCCAAGACCGACUUCAGAGGAAUGGGUCUGCUCGGACUCAUCAACCUGGUAUUUUUCAGUGAACACUACACAGAAGAAGCUCGUCAGGUUUUGUCACAUGCGAACCAUCCUAAACUUGGGUACUCGUAUGCCAUUGUGGGAAUCAACCUAACAGAGAUGGCUUAUAGUCUUCUGAAGAGUGGAGCGCUGAAGCCUCAUUUUUAUAACGCAGUCCUGGGUUCACCAGAGCUACAGCAUUUCCACCAGCUUUACUGUUACUUGGCCUAUGAGUUUGACAAGUUCUGGCUUUCAGAGGAACCAGAGAGCAUCAUGAUGUUCAAUGAGUACAGAGAAAAGUUCCACAAUAAAGUCCAGCUCCGCCUGAAGGACCCUGCUGUGUGCCUCACGUUAAGAGCAGAGAACUAAACUAACUGUCUGACCUUUAACCUUUGACUUUUGACCCUGAAACGAGACGGCUGCUGCUAAAAUCCAUGGGUCUGUCCAAAUAAAAAUCUUCCAUGUAAAGUGGUUCCUGAGUCUGUGGUUCCUGUUCUUCCUGUCAGCAGCUGAACUUCACUGGUUUGUGGACAUUUGCAGAAAAACACCACAUUUAACUAUUUAUACUGUUUUUGUGUUUCACCAUGAAGGACGUUUGCAUGAUUUUGCCAUUUGCAAAAUAUCUGAAACCAUUAACACAAUGUGUGACCAAAUAUUGUAACGUCAUGUUGGUGUAAUAAAUUUGUACUUGUAAUACUGUAA